AUGGAAGAUACUACAGAUUUUGAACCGCUAGAACCAUCAUUGCGAAACGUGAUAGAACAGAAAUCUUUGCGCUGGAUAUUUGUAGGCGGCAAAGGCGGUGUUGGAAAAACGACAUGCAGUUGCAGUCUUGCAGUCCAAUUGUCAAAAGUUCGAGAUUCGGUAUUAAUUAUUUCAACAGAUCCGGCUCAUAACAUUUCCGAUGCAUUUGAUCAGAAAUUUUCUAAGGUACCAACGAAAGUCAAAGGUUUUGACAAUUUAUUUGCAAUGGAAAUAGAUCCAAAUGUUGGAUUAACAGAAUUACCUGAAGAAUAUUUUGAAGGAGAAACUGAAGCUAUGAGGCUUGGUAAGGGCGUAAUGCAAGAGAUAGUUGGAGCAUUCCCUGGAAUUGAUGAAGCUAUGAGUUAUGCAGAAGUCAUGAAAUUGGUAAAAGGAAUGAACUUCAGUACUGUGGUCUUUGAUACAGCUCCCACAGGCCACACAUUACGUCUACUUUCAUUCCCUCAGGUUGUUGAGAGAGGUCUUGGUAAAUUGAUGCGUUUGAAGUCAAAGGUGGCUCCAUUUAUUAAUCAGGUUGCAACACUUUUUGGACUUGCUGAAUUCAAUUCAGACAUGUUUAGCAACAAAAUGGAUGAAAUGUUGUCUGUAAUAAGACAACACCUUGCGAUCUCUGCGCGGCAAGGCAUAAGGUGCAAGAAAAAUAUU